GUCGCGAAGUUACACGCCGCUCGUGCACAUGACGUUGAUGCUCGCCCAUCUUCCGUGUCGACACAUCUACUGAGACGCGGAAAUCUACAGAAGUGACGAACUGAAAAGAUGUGGAAGUCAGUGGUCGGCCACAAUGUGAGUGUGAAGGUGGCUGCCGAAAGCGACGACUGGGAGACGGACCCAGACUUCGAGAAUGACGUGUCGGAACAAGAGCAGAGGUGGGGGGCCAAGACCAUUGAAGGUUCUGGUCACAAAGAACCCAUCAGUGUUGCGGAUCUGAGGCACAAAGUGGCAGCAGAGCACGAGCAGGUGAAACAUCAGGAGAUGACCCCCAAAGCGUCGUACGGCUACGGAGGCAAAUUUGGCGUGGAGAAGGACCGCAUGGACAAGGUGGCGGUGGGACACGACUAUGUGGCUCAAGUGCAGCAGCACAGUUCCCAGAAAGAUGCAGCCAAGGGAUUUGGAGGGAAGUUUGGGGUGGAGAAAGAUCGGCUUGACAAGUCUGCUGUGGGUUUUGAGUAUAAAGGAGAAGUCAAGCAGCAUACGUCACAGAAAGAUUAUUCCAAAGGCUUUGGGGGGAAAUACGGCGUGGAAAAGGAGAAGGUGGACAAAGCCGCCUUGGGCUAUGACUACAAAGGCCAAACGGAGAAGCAUCAGUCGCAGAGAGAUUAUUCCAAAGGCUUCGGAGGCAAAUAUGGCGUGGAGAAGGAGAAAGUGGACAGAGCCGCCGUGGGUUACGACUAUGAGGGACGCACAGAGAAACACCAGUCCCAAAAAGAUUAUUCAGCAGGUUUCGGAGGUCGAUAUGGAGUACAAUCGGAACGCAUGGACAAGAGUGCAGCUGGCUUCUCUGACAUGGACUCCCCGACCUCUGCUUAUGAGAAGACGCAGCCAAUAGAAGCCUCCGGCGCCAAUGCGGGUAAGCUGAAGGCUCGUUUCGAGAGCCUGGCCAAGGCCUCAAACGAGGAGAAGGUGAGGAGAGUAGAAGAGAAGAGCAGCAGGAAGGACCGAGAGAAGAACGAACGACAGGCAUCAGAACGCAAACAGCUGGAGCAAAAGAGCAGAGAGGACCAACUUCAUCUUGCAGAUGUUCCAGAAGUGCUUGCAGAGUGUGUCGCAUCACCGGAGAUCGACCAGAAUACACCAGAAGAACCACAGCCAACAACAGAACCUCAAGCACAGUUGAAAUCAGCCGACGACGAGCCGCCGGCUUCGCCUCUACCCUUUGACCGCUUCCUGCAAAAAGACCUUCCCCUGCCCCCCGUCGAGGAGGUGGAGGAUGUGUAUGACCAAGUCACGGAUGAGGAGGACAGAAGCAACGAGUAUGAGGAGGUGGCGCCGCCACUCCCGACGCUGAUGGAGGGAGGCGAGGAAUACGAAGAAGUCGGCGCCCUGCCCCCGGCUGCUUGGUCAGCGGCAGAUGAGUACGAGGACCUGUCACGUGGCGUCCAAGCCAUCGCGGUUUACGACUAUCAAGGAGAGGAUGAGGACGAGAUCUCCUUCAACCCCGACGACAUCAUCACUGACAUUGAGAUGAUCGAUGAGGGCUGGUGGAAGGGACGCUGCCACGGACGCACUGGCCUGUUUCCUGCCGCAUACGUCCAGCUCACGCAGUGAGACACAGACGCCAACCGCCACGGGGCGCACCGCUACGUGUAAGGUGUUUUUUUUUGUUUUGUUUGUUUUUUUUUUUUUAAGGCCGGGCAUAAUUGUCAAAGGUUGCAAAUGUUGUGAAAACAACACCACAGUACUUGGCUCCCAUUAAGAAUAGAGAUGUCCUGAUCAGAUUUUUGGGCAUUGUGAGUUGCUUGAUUUCAAGCGUCAGCCGAUGCAGUCUCCAUAUACUAUUUUUGGGAUUGCAUUUCUAAGUAAAAGCAGACAAACUACAUUUUUUUUUUCAAUUAUAAUUAGCUCAAAUUCUUUUGUGACCCAAAAGGUUACAUGUAACACUGAACUAUUGCCCCCCCCCCCCCAUUUGACAAUGCCUUAUACGUACACCCAAGUGUAUUUUUUUGCUUGGUGACCACCAAAAAAAAAUAAAAGAAAAUAUGAAACUGUAAAACGUUUCCACCCAAUAGCAAUCAUUUAAAAAUUGGCCAAGUAUAUUAAUUAAAAAAAAAGUCUCCUGACAGUGCAAACAGAAUAAAUACAAAAUGUUUAUGUUGCAAAAAGUCUGCUAGAUAUGCUAAGAGUAAAAUUUACAAAAAUAAUAAUUUCAACCAAUAUGUGCAUGGGACUUAUGCCCAUUCCUGGUUAGUUUACCAAAAUAAUAACUCGGGAAAUUUACAUUUGUCAACUCUUUAUGGUUCAAUUGAGUAGUAUUACUAAAUCACUAAUGGCUUUACAGUUGUUUCGAGGCAUUUUAUUGGGGGGGGGGGGAUAAAAAUGUACUUAUUGUGUCCAUCCAAAGUGUUUCUACUGUUCCAUCCCAAUAAACAGAGCCUAUGUGGUACAUCAAUGUUA